AAAUCAUUUGCCAACGCCCGGUUCUUAUCAGAAGAUUUCAACAUGGACCCUGUGGACCUUCCUUCCAAAGUCAUCCUAGAUGCUAUGUUUGACAAGGUCGGCCUUCCAAUAGCCGCCUACUCUGCACGUGCAGUUCAUCGCCGGUGCCUUGAAGUCACUGUCGCCUUUCAUCCAAUUGCCAGUGAACUGGAGCGUCCUGUUAGUCAGACAUAUAUUUCAACCUCUGCUUUCACUGAUCUGGAAGAAGUGCAGAAUCAUGUUGCGCGUAAAGCCAUGGAAUUCAUGGAGCAGGAACACAGUGUGGUCCCAGGUAAUUAUAACUAUGGCAAACUUGAGUCUGCUAGGCUUAACAACGAGUCACUGCGUGAGCGUCUGAAAGAAAAGGACCGCAAUAUCGAAAUACUGAAAAAGAUCAAUACAUCUCUGGCGCAGCAAAUGGAAGAGAAGAGCAACACUCUUGACUCCAUUAUGAAGACAAACAAAGACAUGAUGGAGAAGGUGGCUGAAAAAGAUGUUGCCAUUGAAUCCAUCAAAAAUGUCAAUCAAACACUACUGAAGCAGCUUGGUGAGAAACAAGUGAUAAUAAAAAAACUCAGCAAAGGCUGGGAUAACUCACUGGAUACUGGAUUUUCAGCAACCAUCCAACUUCAGUGCCUGAUUGAUGAGGGCAUGUUCCCUGGAUCAACGCAGGCAGACAUUGAGCUCAAUGCGACUCUCCAGAGUGCUCAGCACAUAUGUGAGUACCUUGAGCAGAACACCAUCCUUGCUGUUGAGUACCUGCAGUCCAUUGGGACAUAUCCAUAUGACCCAAAGCCAGGCUUUACUGAUGAGGAAGACAACUGUUCAGUGGACCCCGAACCCGUGCCACCAGAGAAUCCACCCUACAUGAGAAGCUGGCUGGAUGAUGAGGAGAUCUUUGACAGUGAAGGCCACUAAAGGCACCUAGCCCAAUGCACAUGCAACCCACAAGCCACAAGGACGAUGGGGCGGCCCAUCAAAAGGGGCCCAACCAGCUAGUCCAGCCGCCGCCAUGGAUGAACCCCCCUCUGCAUUGACAACCUCGCCCGUCAAGCUGCCCACAAAUGAUGAGCUGUUGGUCAAGGGCUUUCCUCCGCAAUCACCUAUCUAUGUCACCAUCAGCAAGCAGUUCAUUCUUGAACAAGCAAUUGAGAGAAUUGGUGGCACAAUCCAUCCAUUCACUUUCACCGACAUAGGCAGUGACGAUGUGGGCAUCUCUGUCUCUAUUGACCUGCCCCCGCACAGCAAAAGCCUGUCAAGCACAACAAAGGAAUUCCAUGGACCAUCCAUUGAAUCUACGUGUGUUGCCGCCCUUGGAUACCUUCAGAAAAUAGGUAUAGUCACGGUAGAUGAUGCAAAUUUUGCGGAGCUGAAAAAAUGCAAAAGAAAACUUCAGGCUGAGGAGUUCUGGUCG